ACAACCUAGCGAGUAGCAGUCUUUCUCUGGGAUAGUAACAUUUUCCUGAAUUUUCAACUUCUAAUUUUUUUGUAACCAAUUUAUCAAAAUGUUUACCCAGUUUAAGAUAUUUAUCGCUUUAGCGUUUGCAGGUUGUGUAGUGAAUGGUCAGAUUUAUACUGAUAACUGUCCAAGUGUAUCUGGUAAUGUUAGUCAAUGUAACAUUGAUACUCCUAUAGCUGACGUUCCUUCUAUCAGCACGAGCAAUAUCUUGACACCAACAUAUUCUUUAAAUCUGACCGUUAUCUGCAGUUCUUCAAGACUAAAUGACUUUAAGACAGCAGCAUCAUGUGUACUCAAUUCCUAUCGACAUUGUGGUGAUAAUGAUUACAAAACAUUAGUCGUAAAAGAGGCUGCCUAUAAAGAUGCCAUAACCUAUGCUUGUGACAAUAUUGGACCCAUCAUGCAUGUGCAGAACUGUAUUGGAGACUCUGUCACAGAUUGUAUAAGAAAUAGAGAAGCUCGUGAAAAGAGAACUGAUGGUGCCACACCUGACCGAAGUGAACCCUUUUCAGAUUAUCGUGAUCAUUUCUGCGCUCGACGACAGAUAACGAAGGAAUGUACUGAACAUGAUGAAGACUUCCUAGCUUGUGUUGGUACAGGAACUGCAUCCAUCUACUUGGAAUAUUACAGGAAAAUGACACCAGCUGGUUGUGGAGCUACCUCUAUCUUCAUUGCUUCAUCAUUAUUGCUAGUAUCUCUUCUUUCGACCUUCAUGAAAUAUCUUUAAAUACAAAUGACUGCAACUACCACAGGAGUCAUCUUUCUACAUAAUGCGUUUCAAACAAACCAUAAAAACAACGAAUCUCAAUGCGUUAUUCAUGUAUAGAUCUUUAAAAAAUAUCGAGCUUUGCUCUUUCAAAUUUGAUCAAGUAAAGCUCAAAUAAUGUUUUUGAUAAUUUCAUUAAGAAAUGUUCUAGAUUUUAACAAGUAAAAUUUUGGAGAAACUUUAUUAUUACUAAUGAGCAUUGUAUGAACAUUGCAGUUUGCCAAAUUGUUAAAAUAUCAUAUUAAACAAUUUGAUACGAUGA